GCAUGCCAAGGUGUUUGUGUUGCGCAUCGUAGAGCUGUGGACAAGUCCAUCUGUGCCGGCCCGAUUCAACCAGUACGCUAGCCUAGCGUACCUAGUGCCUGCCCUUCUCAGAUGCUCUCCAACAACAUCUCAACUAAGGGAUCGUGACAUACCAUUCGGCGCUUCGCAUUGCCGAAAACUCCCUUGAAAGAGAUUUUAAUAGUCAAGCCAUUCUCUUUCUAGCCCAGCGAUUGGCCUGCCAGACGGAUCGUAAUUUCCGCGUCGACUCUGCCGUUCCUACUUUGCCGCACUUCUCCAAAGAGCAAAAAAGAGUCGCUUAUCAGCCAGUAUAUGCCGCUAAUGCAGUGAAAUGGCGACCUCUAAAAGAUUGGUACGCGGUAUCCGGACCGCGUGCGAUAGAUGCUAUCAGCUCAAGGAGCGUUGUGAACGCGUGUCCACCACCGGUUCCUGUGAACGAUGCCAGCGGCUAAAUCAAGUGUGUUUGACCGUUCGUCCAGUGCGACCUCCUGGUCGGCAAGCAAAAAAUCGGGGACUUUGUUCCCAAAAGAUAUCUACUCUGGCGAACCACCGCAUGCAGUCUGCAGACUCUGUUGGCUCCUGUAUACCAAACGUUUCCAAUCUAGACCUGGACGAGCAAGAGCUGCUACUGUCUCUCCUCGGCGAUCCUCAAACCCUCGAUUAUCCUGUCGUCAGUCCACGCUUUCAACACGCAGAACAGAAGUCGUUUACAAACCUAUGGUCAACUGCUUGGCCCGUUUUAAAGGAUGCUUACCUUGCCUACGCGGGAGUUCUGAAAUCACUUCAACCCGGUGAUGGGUUGGGAACAGACAAUGCUUCAAAGAUCCGUUAUGCGACAUCCGCUAUGGCGGUCUUACGCAGCCUUUCCAUCAACAAGGCUGAAGAUGCAGAGCUGUGUCUAACAUUGGGGUUUGCUUUGGCUUUGUCGGUAUAUGGAACGAUCGGUGUGGGCGUAGCAAAGAUCUGCCACUACUGCCUCAGUGUCACGAGAUCUUUCAUCGAAGACACCACUGUGGGCCUGAAAAUGGAGCCCCGUAUAAGUGUUCUAGUGUUGCUAGAGACCAUGGAGUGCAUCGUUUACCGACGAACGCCGACUUUAAGAAUACAGCCACGAGCUCCAGGGAUCGUUGAUCGACAUCUCGGGCUGUGUCUGUCGUUACUCCCAUACUACUAUGAUCUCUGCUCCAUCAGCCACUCGCUUGUUAGAAACAUCGGCAAAACACAUACGGAACUCUUGCAUCAGGAACUCGACAAGAUCCAGGCUGAUGUGGAGAACUGGCAACCUUCUCAUCCGGAAGGAUUCCUUCAUGAAUUUAGUGCAAGCGAAGUUGUGCAAUUGCUUGCACAGGCUAGGGUAUAUCGAUUGGCGGCGCUGCUGAUGAUACACCGUUUGCGACAUCCAUUUGGACGCGAGGAUGGGCAGGCCGACAUAUGGUCACGCGAGGUAAUGAUGGAACUUGAGCUAGCUCGGCGCAUAUCAGACCACCCGGUCCGCUUUGUGGCUCUGCCAUUCAUCAUCGCCGCGGUGGAAAUUCGAGGCACAACUGAGCGAGAAAAGGUGCUCAUGAACGUAAGCGACUACGUCGACCAACUCACACCAGUGGUUCAAAAAGCCACCAAAAGCUUCCUGGGGCGAGUUUGGAACGAGCGGGACGUCCUGGUCAACUUCUCCUGGCUCGAUUCAAUUCAUAAGCCAUGUGUGAUUCUGGACUCCAUUGGGUCCACCCUCCCACAAGAUUUGUUCAACAUAUAAGACCUGGCACGGGACGACUAUCUGAGUCAAACAAUGUGCAGUCUUGCUGCUCAGUCCGAAUAGAGGAAGGUAUGAGGAAGUGAACAACUAUCAUGUUGAGUUGAAAAUCGAAGUUUCUCGUCUGCGACCGACUGCCAUUCAUAUCCUGCUUUCCAGACUUCCAGCUCCCUUAACAAUACAGCGGAACCAUUUCAACGAGCGGAAUCUCACGCCAUGGUGUGUGUAUAUAACAUCAUCCCCUACAACUUUUGUACAACUUCAAUCACUGCGGCGGGUGGCCUGGGCUAGAUAUGCUGGGCUCGUCCCGAGAGAGUACCGCCAUGAAGGAAUUUACAUUUACGGAUGGAAGGCAAUUGGGAAGCGAAAGGAUAUUCCGCGCAUUAUUGC